AUGUCAUUGCGACCAGACGAAGGUUCAAGACGGUCGCGGUCCAAAUCGCCUGGGCGCGGUCGCGAACGUGAUCGCUCACGCAGCCACAACGGGCGAGAGCCUCAGCGAUACGGUGCAGCUGACGGUGCAGGACCCCCGCAGUAUGAAAUCAGGCAGCCAGGUAAUCAAUAUGCGACAUCAACGAGCGCGCCCAUUACUAUGGGCAACUACAAUGACCUCCCGCCUCACGAACGUCCAGGUUAUCACCCCCAGACGGCAUCCUUUGCGCAUCCCUCUACCACAGCAGCGCCCUCGACGGGUAUCGCAUAUGCCCAACCCGGAAAUGUGCAGUAUGCGCCGACCACAAACAACUUCGCCUACACGGCAGCGCCAGCCUCCCAAAGCGCGUAUACAAGAUCGCACCCGAGGACACCGUCUGCGACAAGUGGUAGCUUCCAAUAUGCAAACCCACCCGCAAACAUUACCUACACGGCGAAGCCCGCCACUAGCAACCAGCCGCCCGCUGUGCGACACAAUACUCAGCCCAUGAGCCCCUCAUACUCUUCGCCGCCGCAGUCACAAUACUCGAAUACGUCGCAGACACCCUCAUCGCAGCAAUCGCAAUACUCAGCCAUGCCACAGGCGCCUCCAUCGCAAUCGCAGUAUGCAGCCAUGCCGCAAGCUCCCCCUCCACCGCAAGCUGCCCAGCACGCGUACCCCCCUCCGCCAAUGGGCCAACAUUCGCCGCGCCCCGAGCACCGUCGCGCGGCUUCGCAUGACGGCCGUAAUGUGGUAGAAUUGCGUCCCCAAGGCAACUAUGGCCGACCCGAUAAGCCUGAAGAAUUGCGUCCACAAGGCAACUAUGGUCGACCUGAUAGGCCUGAAGAAUUGCGCAUGGACAGGCUGUCUGUGAGCGGAAACAGGCCUGAUCUGCGCAUGAUUGUACCCGGAGGCAUGCCUGGAGGUUUCCCCGGUGGACUACCACCACCAAGUCCUUUGCUCGAAGCUUACCAUGGCACUUAUCAAUCGCUCAGCCCUAUGCCGCAGUCCCUUAUGCUAGACGAUGACGACCUCAAUCAUCUGCCCACUCUCGAGACCCUUUCUCCUCGAGAUACUCUUUCGCCCCGGGACACACUCGCUCCCAGAGCUUCCAGUCAUUCGCGGUCUUCUAGCAAGGGUAGGCAUGUUCGCCGUCGUACCCGUUCGACCUCGCGACGACCUUCAAGCCCACCGUCGCAUUUUAACCGUACCGAUAAGCUAGCUGUGGCGACAUAUGAUUAUGGAGACCGCCUCCCUGAGAAAGAGAAGCGGAGAGUGCGCAUAUAUGAUGCGACCGAAGACGCGCUUGCGCUUACCAGUGCCAUGGCUGGCACGCCUGAUGCGGGUACAAUAAUUGAUAUCAUCCCAGCUCUGUCGCAUGACCAAAUGCUCGAGCUGAGAACUGAGUACAAGCGGCAUUUCAAGUUACAGGGUCGGGGAGUCAAUAUUGCGAAACACAUCAAGAUGAAAAUUCCUGGUAGUUUUGGCAAGAUUGCCUACAUCACAGCUCUAGGCAAGUACGAAAGCGAGGGUUAUUGGGCAAACUACUGGUACCAGUCCAACUCGGCUCGUCGCGAGCUCCUCAUCGAAGCCCUCAUGGGUCGCCAGAACCAUGAGAUCCGCGAGAUCAAGGAUUCUUUCAAGGACAAGCGUUAUGGCGACUCGCUCACGCGCUGCAUGGACAAGGAGCUCAAGGCCGACAAGUUCCGCAAGGCGGUCUUGUGGGCGCUCGAAGGCCAGCGGCAGGAAGAGAGCGAUGUCUGGCCACCUGAAAAGCGCGAUCGCGACGUUGAUACGCUGUACAGGGCAAUCCGAGCCAGAGAGGGCGGCGAAUCAGACAUGUUGGAAAUUGUUGUGACGCGAAGCGAUGCGCACUUGCGAGACGUGCUGAGAACGUACGAACGGUAUUACCAAGGUAAUUUUGCGCGAGAUGCGCUGAAGAAGAGUAACAAUCUUGUUGGAGAGGUUAUUGCACAUAUCCUCAAUGGCGUCAUUAACCGCCCAGCGAGAGACGCUAUGCUCUUGAACCACGCACUGGUCGAUCUCAUCGAACCCGCCAGCGACCCCCGCUCCUCCGGACGUUUAUCCGCCACGAGCAAGCACGAACGCCAGCAAAGAGUCGAAUUGCUCAUCUCCCGCCUUGUGCGCUUACAUUGGGACCGUCUGCAUUUCUCAAGGGUGCAGACAGAGUACGACGAAAAGUAUGGGCGUGUGGUGGAAGAAGACAUUGAGGAGGCUACAAAGGGUGAUUUCCGAGAAUUUUGUCUGGCUAUUUGUCAGGCGGGGAGGUAG